UUGUCUGGAGUGGGGACUGCUUACCUGCCUGAGAGACAAGUUUGACUAUCCUCCGUGCUUUCUGCUACCCUACGUUCUGCACUUUCGGGCUACGGUUCGUUUUGUAACGUUCGUAUUCUCUUGGCUAGAUUAACCAGAAAUCUGCGAUAUCAGUGGCUGAUUGUUUAUCAGAGUAUUGUUGUGUGAAGCUUUACGCGUGGUGUGAAACCCGUAGGCGGUGCCUGCCCCCCUUUUCCAUUGUUUUCAGGGGCCCAAACAUUGAAAAUGGUGCUUCAGUCUUUGAGGUCGAUAAUCCACAGUAGUGCGUUUCUGUUCGGAAUAUUAGCUCUGCUCUCAACGCCCAAUGUACAGGGUGCGGACCUGCCAGCCGCUCACUUUGAGCCGCAGGUGGCGAUGUUGUGUGACUCGAAGGGCAGCGAGGGAGUGGGUGAUGGCUCAUUCAGGAGUCAGUACAUGACCGAGGCCGGACGAUGGACCACUGAUGCCACACGCAAGGUCACUUGCUACAAGGACAAGCUAGACAUUCUCGAUUACUGCAAAAAGCUCAGUUUGCACAGCUCAGUUAGAAUGUUGGGAGCUUGGUCCAAGCUGUUUGCUCGAAUUCAUUCACCGACUAACUCUCUAUUUUGGUUUUCGUGGACAGAAGGUCCAUUCCAGAGCGACGCACUGCUGGUGCCGGAGAACUGCCUGUUCGACCACAUCCACAACCAGACCAAGUGCUGGGAGUUCGACCGCUGGAACGGAACUGCCGCCCAGUCUUGCCAGGACCGCGAUCUGCAACUACGUAGCUUUGCCAUGCUGCUUCCCUGUGGCAUCUCGCUCUUCUCCGGCGUCGAAUUUGUCUGUUGCCCGGCCAAAGCCGACAAGUCAUCAGUGAAGAAGAGCAUGCUGCCGUCGACAUCGAUUUCGGGAUCGGAAGUUUUCGACAGAAUGGAAAACGCUGACCGAGCAGUUGUUGAUGACGCUGAUGGUGAUGACGAUGACGAGGAUGAUGAUCUCGAUGAUGAGGAUGAUGAUGAUUAUGAUAACUAUGAUGACAAUGCCAUUUCUAGCUCGUCUACUACCACUACUUCGACUACUACAACUACUACCACUGCUAGGCCAACUACAGGACUGCCAACUCCAGACCCUUACUUCACGCACUUUGACCCACGUGCCGAGCACAAGGCCUACAAGGAGGCGCUGCAACGCCUGGAGGAGGUGCACCGCGAGAAGGUCACCAAGGUCAUGAAGGACUGGUCUGAUCUCGAGGAACGCUACCAGGCAAUUUCAGGACUGCCAACUCCAGACCCUUACUUCACGCACUUUGAUCCACGUGCCGAGCACAAGGCCUACAAGGAGGCGCUGCAACGCCUGGAGGAGGUGCACCGCGAGAAGGUCACCAAGGUCAUGAAGGACUGGUCUGAUCUCGAGGAACGCUACCAGGACAUGCGCUCGACCGACCCACGCAUGGCGGAGGAAUUCAAGCAGCGGAUGACGGUUCGCUUCCAGCAGACGGUGCAGUCGCUGGAGGAGGAGGGGGCGGCCGAGAAGCAUCAGCUGGUGGCCAUGCAUCAGCAGCGAGUCAUGGCCCACAUCAACCAGCGCAAGAAGGAGGCCAUGGCCUGCUACACACAGGCCCUCAAUGACAAUCCACCAAAUACCCACCGAGUUCAGAAAUGCCUACAGAAACUAUUGAGAUCACUGCACAAGGACAGGCACCACACGAUAGCUCACUUCAGGCAUCUGCUGUCCUCCUCACUGGAGCAGGCCGAACGGGAAAAGGCACUCACUCUCGAACAUCUAGUCGACAUCGACCACAUGGUCAACCAGUCGCUGCAAAUGCUUGACAGGUACCCAGACCUGGCGACGAAAAUCGGUCAACUGAUGUCUGACUACAUCCAGGCACUGCGCAGUAAGGAUGACACCCCCGGCUCCCUGCUCUCCAUGACCCGCGACGCAGAGGCCGCCAUCUUGGACAAGUACAGGGCUGAGGUCACCGCCAUGCAAGAGGACAAGGAACGCGAACGUGUGCUGGAGAAACAGCGCAAGGAGCAGCACAAGCGGGAGAGAGAGGAACUGAAGCAACGCGUUUACGACGGAUCCGCCGCUGACGCAGCAGCUGGUGAUGAGGGGGCAACCACCCCCACUGUGGCACCCCCCUCGCCCGCCCUGCCGCCCCAGCCCCCCCAGGUGCCCCAGCAGCAUGUUGUCGACCCCCAGCCCAGGGUGGCCCAUGCGCUCGCGCAUGACAUAUCGCACGGAGAGCCGACAUACUCAGUUCGACGAGAGGUGUACCACAGGGAGACGAAGAGCGUGUUCCUAACCCUGGCGUUCGCCGGCAUGGCUCUGAUGGCUGUAAUCCUCAUCACUGUCACCGUUCUGCGCAGGCGCAGUGCUCGUCUGCCCCAAAACCAGGGAUUCGUGGAAGUCGACCAAGCUGUAACUCCUGAAGAGCGUCACGUGGCCAAUAUGCAGAUCAACGGCUAUGAGAAUCCCACAUACAAGUACUUCGAAGUCAAGGAGUAAUUCUUAUAUCGUUAUGAAGGUAGAUAGACAAAGCAUCAGAUACAUGGAUGAAAUGCUGACUAUGCAUAUUAUUACCGCUGUGACGAUGUGAAGCAGCCAGCGUCCCAAUUGUAUAUUUUGUACCUCCAAUUGCCGUUUAGUGGAUUAGACUUACUCUAGAAAGACGAAAAACUGAACAGGGGUAUUUUGAUAAAGAAAUAAAUAUUAUUAAUAUGUACACUGUAAUGUUAACAAUAAACAGAUAUAGUGCUGAAUAGGGGAACCGGAACUAGUUGCUAUAUAUAUAUCUAUAUAUGUAUUUUGUGCUGGAUCGUAAUGCAUGAUUUAACAAAUCAUCCAUCUUACACUUUAUUCUAAAUGUUAGGAUCAAAAUAGUGUAGCAAUUAAAUCGUGCAUUAUGAUUGGAUAAUAAGAAUAUAUAAAAUACCCUAAUUGAUAGAUGUGUCUACGUACAAAAUAUCAAUAGACGCAACUUAUGUGUGCCAUAUACGGCGUGAAUAAGUACCCAACCUGACCCUACCUAACCUAACCUAAACCAGUUUCAAGAUAACUUUACCAACACUUGAAAACGUGCCCCUUUUUUCUAUUUUUAAAUAUGGUGUAGAUCAAGGUGUGAAUGGUUUUCUGCUUGUUUUAGAUGAGUGUGAUAUGUAAAUGAAAGAGAAAACAUAUAAUAUAACAUAAUUUAAUAAAGAUGCAAGUCACUCAGACAAAAUUCUAACUGUCCAUAUAUUACUGAGAUGAUAUAUCGUAAUAGGCUAAACUAUAGCAGAUCAACUUAGAGAGGCACUUCAGUAUGUUAAUAAGUGUAGUAAUAAACUAGGAUUAAGUGUAUUUAUGUAUUACCUUUAUUUCUUGUGUAAUUUUGUGUUCGAUUUGUAACAGUUGAUAUUAUUGCUAUUUUUGUGAUGAAACAAUAAGAGAAUUAUAUUUAUCAACGUAUAUAUCUAUGAAAAAUAAUAGAUCAUAAUCAUUAUGAAUGGUUUUAACAUGUCGUUUUGAAAUGAAUGUGUUUGCACUUCUAUUUUAGUCCACUUUUUUAUUAAAUCGCACAUUUUAUUGAAACUCACUUGUAAGUGCACAUUUUGUGAAGGUCUUAUUCGUUUCGAAUUCUCAAUUGAAUUGACUUCAAGAAAUGAAAUUCCAUUUCUAACUAGUCGAUAAAAAAGAAAUGGAUUUGAUUCUAAUGGAUAAGCUAUUCAACAGGUUUGUGUGUUCAUUGUAUCCUUGAAAAUCUAUUCAAGUCCGGAUUUAAUGAUAUGAUUCUAGAAAUGAUAGAAGCAUAGAUCUGAGCUAUCCUAAUUUUUUAUUACUUUAAAUUUUAGUUGAUAUUUUUAACAUACAAGAUUAAAACUUAUUUAAAGUUUCGUCUUGACCAAUGAUUUUUUCAUCAAAACCAUGUUAUAAUUAGAAAGGGUUCUAGCAGAAACAACACUUAUUCGCCCUUGCUCCAAAAAAGAAGGAAAUACUAGGAAUACUCUCGUUUAUAUUUAUAAAUCAGAAGUUAGAAUCUAAUUUGGGAACUUAAUGCCAAAUGUUAGAAGAGAACUUUUGGAACUAUGGAUAAAAACUUUCUCAAUUGGAGAAUUACAAAGAAAAGAAUAAGUGGUGUAUCUGCUAAAACAGUAAUAAUUUAACGUUGUCAGUCUUUUUACCAAAACUUUGUUAAAAUUCUGCUUUAUGUUUUUUUUUUCUUUUUUUGUAACAAUCAAAAUCACGUGUACAAAAUAGAUUUUUUAAAUUUUAAGUUCGUUUAGUACUAGCUUUAAUUUACUGAAAAACAUUUUCUAUGAUGUACAGAUCUCUUAUUAUAGUUGUAAGUAUUUUUCAAUAAUAUUGCCCGCCCUGCUUGUAUGGUGUGAGUAGUGAAUAGUGUACCUCUCUUCUCUAUUGGUACCUUAUAUAGACGGGUAAAUGUGAGAUUUCUGAGUUAGUUCUUCUCUCUCCUCUUACCUCACAACCUUUCCACAGUAUUCCAAUUCCAAAAUGGCGGCUGGUUCCUCUAUACAGCUGGAUCUACCGGUGGAUAAAUAUAGUAAGAUCCUACUGUAAAAUCUAAUGCAUAUUUAUUUCAUUGUAUGUCAGAGCAUAUUUAAAUGAGGACAGCUUUAUCAAACUAACUAUUAUUACUGAUGAAUAAUAAUGCUAAUACUAUGUACUACUACUAUUACCACUACUACUGUAUUAUUCUCGUAUUUUUCACUGUUGUAGGUGUGGCUUUUGCUUUAUUGAUACUGUUCUGUGUAUUGUUAAAAGUAUAAUGUAAUCAGAGCAUGAAAAAUCAGGAUAUAUGCAAGAUGGUAUGUAACAAUAAUAAAAUAAUUUGAUGUAAAAUAACAAAA